AUGCCUAAACUCAUGAGCAACAGCUCUCGGAAACAGCACGCACCUUUUCGUCCCGUCGACACUCUGUUGUCGCCACAGAAGCCGAGCUUCAGAGAAGGCAGGAGCAAGCCUGCAAGGGAACCGUCCGAAAGCGACGAGGAAAACUCGUAUCUGCCAGAAAGUGAACGCGACGUUACCGAAUACUCUUCUAUCGACCAGUCUGAGCUUUCUCACCUGGGAAAUUCCAGCUCCCUCUUCGACGAACAACGCACCCCGCCCGCUUCGAGCCCAAUACAUCCAUCGGCACGCAGAACACAUACAACAAAGGCAACAGGAAGCAUGGCGCGAGAUCGUGAGGCACCAGGCGGUCAGCCUCGUGCGCCUGCGAAUCCAGCUGCACAUGCACCAGCAGCAAGGCCUCUUCACGAGCGCCUGACCGUGAAUGAACCUAUCGACCUGAGCACGCCUCCGAAAGCGGCGGCAGAGUUUGGGAAGGCCAGCACUAUGCAGAGCCCUCUGAAGAGCUUGGCACAGAGGACCCAGAGUUCGCAUGUCUUCAAUCAACCCAUGCCAGGUCAUUCCAGGCCAGAGCAUCACCGCGAUCACAAGCCGAUAGCGAUCCAUCGACCCAACGCCCCUUCGAAAACCACGAAUCCUGCACCUCCUAAAGGAAUUUCACGGUAUAGUGGUGCUUCGUCUGACAAUUCGGACAUCUUUGAAAUACAGCCAUCGCAUUUUCAAGCACGGCCAUCUUACCCAGGCGCUCCCGUUCCACAACCUACAAACACGCAGCACCGGACCAUACACGCGCCUCCUCGUCCUGUUUACUCGUCUGUGGGACAUACUAAUGGUUUCCAGCCUGUAAACAGGAACCAAGGCAUCUUCUCGCUUGAAUCAAGGAAGACGGUCAUAUUGGACGACGUGGCGCCCAAGCGGACCGGAAGCGACGAGGAGGAUGACUUUGAUCCAGAUACCGCCAUUAAUGCGGAGCGAGGGCAGUUUGGCGCGCCGGAUGUCUACGGGUACGUAGACUCCAACCAGGCGAACGAGAACAUCAAAGCGCUACUCGAGGGCGCACUAGACGAGGAGAACAUUCCUCGAACGCGAGGACGAAAGAAAAAGAAGCAAGCAGAGGAUGAUGCUGCGAUGUCCUUAGCAGACCGUCUUGCAGCUCUGGACGUUAAGGAGUCAGAUGCGAAUAAGGCUGCAGAGAACGAGGAAGAAGAGGAGGAUGAGGAAGAUGAUGGCACCGUCGAUGGCAUGAAGGUCAAGCUACUGCCACAUCAAGUCGAAGGUGUCGCUUGGAUGAUCGAGAAAGAGACGGGCGCGCACAACAAGCGGGCGAAACUACCAAAGGGCGGUAUACUUGCAGAUGAUAUGGGUCUCGGCAAGACCGUGCAAUCUAUUGCCGUGAUACUCUCCAAUCCUCGGCCAGAGAAGGGCGUUGAACCCGAAAACAAGAAGAACAAGAUCCUUCCGGUCGUUGGUAAGGGCACGCUUAUUAUCGCACCUCUCGCCCUUAUAAAGCAGUGGGAGGCUGAAAUCAACGACAAGGUCUCCAAAUCCAACAGCCUCAAAGUACUUGUACACCACGGCCCUAGCCGCACCAAGUCUAUUGACAAGCUAAAAUCUUACGACGUUGUGAUCACCACAUAUCAGGUCCUCGCUUCGGAGCACGCAAGCUGUGGCGAAGGUACAAAUGGUCUUAAGAAGGGUUGUUUCGGUGUGCAUUGGUACCGCGUGAUGCUGGACGAGGCGCAUACCAUCAAGAACCGCAACGCUAAGAUGACGAAAGCUUGCUACGAGGUGCAAUCACACUACCGAUGGUGUCUGACGGGAACGCCCAUGCAAAACAACCUAGACGAGCUCCAGAGCCUUAUCCGAUUCCUCCGCAUUCAACCUUAUUGCGAUAUGCCCAACUGGAAAGACGCAAUCACAGGUCCAAUGAAGAAUGGCCGGGGUAAUCUCGCCAUGAGGCGGUUGCAAAUCUUCCUCAAGGCCUUCAUGAAGCGCCGAACGAAAGAUGUGUUGAAGAAGGAAGGUGCCCUCAACUUUGGCGGUAAACAAAAGGAAGGAGAAGAGAAGAAGGGCGGCUUCCAGAUCGUUGGCCGUAACAUUGAGACUGUUAUUGGAGAAUUCACAGCCAAAGAGCGAUCCUUCUAUGACCGUCUCAACGACCGUGCCGAGUCUCGCCUGAAAGAGAUGAUGGGCGGCGAGAAGCGGGAUUACAUUGGGGCAUUGGUUCUGCUCCUGCGGCUCCGACAGGCUUGCAAUCACCCAAGCCUGACCAAGAGCAACAUGAAGGAGGACAAGGAUGCUUUGACGACGGGACAGAAGCCAGGCCCUCAGUCGGGUCUCCAAACGCCACGAAAAACAUCUAAAGAUACAGAUGCUGACGAUCUCGCGGAUCUUCUUGGUGGUCUCACUGUUGAGACGAAGCGUUGCGACAUCUGCCAGAUCAAGCUGAAUAGCGACAACACUACUUCUGGUUCUAUUCGAUGCGCCGAGUGCGAGACUGAUCUGAACGCGUCGGUGAAGAAGUCGAAGAAACACAAGAAGAGCCGUAAGCAUAAGCACAAGGAUCGGAAGGAAAAGCACCGACCAGCAAAUUCCGCAGACGCAGAGGCACCGACGCUUCCAAAAGCUCCUCGUCAGCGUCGCGUCGUCGUCGACAGUGAUGAUGAAGAUGACGCAGGCGGCGAAUGGCUGGUAGGCGAAGAUGAACAAGGCCCGACGAAUCUGGGGAAGGCUGGUGGAACCGAUGAUGAGAACGCUGAGGGCGGCGGUGAUACACUUGCUUCUGUUGACUCACAUGAUAGUGGUUCUGGUGAUGAGGAUGAGGCAUCUGUAGGGUCUUUCAUUGUUCACGACACAGACAGCGAGGAAGACGGCCCCAUUGUUCGCAAGCCGACAUCCAAGAAAUCCUCUAAGCCUGCAAAGGUCGUUAGUCUGAAUUCCGAUGAUGAAGACUCGUCAGAAGCAGACUCCAGCUCAGAGGACUCCGACUCAGAAGCCGACUCGGAAGAGGACACGGAAGAGUCUGACAUUGAGUACAAUGCUUCCGACCUAACGCCCUCGACCAAGAUCCGACAACUCCUCACGAUCUUGGAGAAAGAAACUCCCGACCACAAGGUCAUUGUUUUCUCCCAAUUCACAUCUAUGUUGGACCUCAUAGAGCCCUUCCUUCGCCGUGGGGGCUACAAUUUCACGCGCUACGACGGGAAGAUGCGUAACGAUCUCCGCGAGGCCAGUCUAGCCAAGCUGCGCAAUGACAAGCGCUGUCGCGUUCUUAUCUGUAGCUUGAAGUGUGGUAGUUUGGGUCUAAACCUUACAGCCGCCAGCCGCGUUGUUAUCAUGGAGCCUUUUUGGAAUCCGUUCGUCGAAGAGCAAGCCAUCGACCGUGUUCAUCGCCUUAACCAGACUGUCGACGUUACCGUCUACCGGCUUUCAAUUCAUAACUCGGUUGAAGAGCGUAUCCUCGCGCUCCAAGAGGCAAAGCGCAAACUCGCACAGGCUGCGCUUGAGGGUGGCAAGGCUGUUGGCAAGCUUAGUAUGCACGACAUCCUCGCCUUGUUCAAGCGUGACGCGGAAUAUGAUCAUCGCCACGUUGAUGAUGGCAACGACCACGAUCUCUUCGCUCGUACGAGGGUGCUAGAGGAGAGGGGCGAUAGCCAAAAUAUCGGUGAAAGCACGGCAGAGAGGAGGAAGAAGGGAAGCCUCGGGUUUAAGAAGCCAGAGCAUAGUGUCUAUGGUAGACGUUGA